GCAGCGGAGUGCAUCUGUGCUGAGAACUAUUGCAAGUUCGGCCCUGGGCGCAUCAACCUCGAACUCCUGGAUGACAUCUUACACGGGCACCAGAACGACUUGGACCUAUCAGUCCAGUCAGCAGGCUUGUGGGGCCACCAGAAGCUCGUCGACAUCGCCAGGAACGCCCAUCAGGGCCCUUGGGAAGAGGCAACCAACCAUCAAACGCUCAUGGACGCGAUGGGCGAGUACAGGAGGCACGCCGACGCGGACACCUGCCCAUUGUUCCUUGCGCGCCUGCCAGACAUUCUGGAGGAGGCAGGCGAGGCCCACAGAGCGAACGAGGAUGGUAUUGCUAAGGAGUUCUGGGACCGCAUGAUGGAGGAGCCCAAUCUCACCAUGAGGGCGUUGGGCUUUACAUACGCGUGCUUGGAGAUGGGGAGGUUGAGCCCAAAGAAACUUGCCAUCAUGGGCGGAGCUGCUUCUGUGAAGCCUUCUGGGGCCCCCAUGACUACCAAGCAGGCGGCGAAUGCGCCCGUGACAGCGAUGAGAGAAGCUACCACAAACAGGUUUGAGAUCGCUUGCUUGGUGUUUUCGUCGACAGAUCACAAGUUCAAGCAGCGGAUCAUCAUGGAAGGCGGCGGCCCCUUUGCCGACGCGUCUUUCCACGCAUCCAGGGAGUGCCGCACGAUCGCUGGAUGCAGGAAGUAUCGCAUCGAUGAGCUGAAAGGGGCGAUCUGGGACCCCAUCAUGGACACCCUCGGGACGUUAUACGACAAGAGGAAGCUCGCGCGUGUUGGGCUCACCACGUCCUUCGACGAGUUCGUGCCUGGCAUCGACCUGGACCACCCCCUCGUGAAGUGGAACGACGAGAUGGCAAACACCCUCGGCGUAUUCUGCAACUCGCUCUGCUUCCACAGGCUGAAGCGUCGUCUCCCGACGCUGCGAGGGUGGCCCAAACGCACGGCGCUCGGCCUGGACCCAGACCACUCAGAGGCGAUCGUUCGCGAGAUCAAGGUCGACUACGACUACUUCAAGCAGCUGAAGGGCCUCGAGGACCCCGCAGUUGAGAAGAUCAUCAAACGUUCCGUCUUCCAGAGCCUCCCAGGGAAGCAGAUGGUCAGGGUGCUGGAGGCGUCCGAGUGGUCGCACACGCACCCGAAGUGGACGUCGUACCUCCGCAAGAGCUCAGCGGGGCAAU